UCCCAACUCCGUGUAUGAUUGUUUAUACCUUUUUUUCUUAUAUCUUUUUUUUUCUUAAUUACAUACAUAUAUAUAGGCAUAAUCUCUUAUUCUAAUUUUGGUCGCCGGAAAAUUAAGAUUCCGACCAACUGCUUCCUAGAGCAAUCGGCGCAUAUCCUUACUCUGUAUCGGCUAAUUCUUUUCCGGGCGGCGGAAGUGGUUAUGAUCAAUGGCAAAAGGUCGGAAAUUAACGUCGAGCCGGAGCGAGAGGUUGCUAGGCAGCUACAGCAGCUAUAGCAACGGCCGUGGAACGGUCAACGACGCAUCGGAGUUUGUGGAAGACGACGUCUGGGGAACAGUCGAUGAAAUGGCCAACGGCGACGGCAGUUGCGAUGAUGGCUCGCCUGGAGACUGGACACCACGCGCCACCGUUCCCAACAACAACGGGAUCCGGCGGCAGAUCCCACGCGCCGAGCAUGACCGCCGCCAGGUCGGCGGCUUGUCGUUGGCCUUUGACGAUCCCGGUAAGACGGCGUCGCCCCGAAUCGUCCACCAGUUCCGCGGGCAGCAGGACGGGGCGGCGGCGGCGGCAUCGCCUGGUGGGCGGCACAUGGCCGCGUCAGCGCCGGUCAACGUCCCGGAUUGGUCUAAAAUAUACCGAGUCGACUCGGUUGAGUCUCUGAUUGACUCAGACGACGGCUUGGAUGAAAAUGGCGCGGAAAUUGUUCCCCCACACGAGUACUUGGCGCGUGCAUCCGCUCGCUCCCGGAAAACCGCCACUAACUCGGUGUUUGAGGGUGUGGGGAGAAAGCUGAAAGGACGAGAUUUGAGCCGGGUUCGGGACGCGGUCUGGAGUCAAACCGGGUUCUAUGGGUAACCAAUAAUUGGCAAUUAUUAGUGGGUAAAAUUUGGAGUGAAGCAUUGGUUAUUACGGAGUAUUAUCAUCAUUACAUUAUAAUUACUGUUAUUAUUAUAAUAUUAUUAUGUUUAAGUAUAUUAAAAGAAAAAUCUUCAAACGGGUUCAACUCGUCACCAAAAGAAAGUUUAUCGGGUUGAAUUUGAGCAAAUUGACUGAGCAAAGACUAGAAUAAGUUGGGUCUUUUUUACCUCUUGUUUCAUUCUUAUCGUUUUUAAAUGUACAUAUUUUGUCAUUUUUCUAUGAAACUUGUUAAGUAAUACUACUUCCGUCCCAUUAAAAUUCAA